AUGGGUUCGCCGACUGAGAACGUCGUCUCAAGACAUGCAACGCGAUCUACACUCUUCUCCUCAGUAAAGAACGACGACAAACACAACGCACAUUGCCAUGGCGUACGCAACACGGCUGCAGGCAUGGCGCCACCCCGAUCACAUUCGAUUCGAUUUGAUUGGAUGUUUUGGUUCUCUCUCUUCUUAGUUGUUAAUAGCGGUCAUUACGAUCAUUCGACAAGCGAGCCUUUCUCCAAGGAGAGGCAAGUAGAGACGAUGAUCACCUUGGACUUUGAAAGUCUCAUGCACACGUUCAUACAUGCCCACCCAAAUUUGCCUAGCCACCACCACCACAAGCUUUACUUUUCCCCGGCAUACACCAUCGAAAACUCAACACUUGUGUCUCUUUCCUGGCUCUUCAUUACACCUGUAGCCAUAGUGGGCCUCAGAUAG